ACUCAACUGCUUUACGACUAUUUUGGAGGCUGAUUCAAAAUGGAGUAAUUAGCGCUAAGAGCAACGAAUCAAACUCAAUUAGGUUCCGCAGCUUUAUCUUCAUCUUUUCAUUGUUUUAAUUUAACCGGCUGUUACACGUCAGGAAACUAGUAACUCCUGCAAGAUGGCAGAAGAAAAGAAGACAGGCACAUUAGGUUUCUUCUCGAGCUACGACGAUUUGAGCGACAGCAGCGAUGGCAGCGACUCCGACGAGGAGGGAGAAAGUCGAAAGAGGAGACCACAGACGGACGCUGCGGCAAGCGGGGCUCCGUCCUCCCAACAAGGAGCCAAACGGGCAGCCGGUGGAGCUCCUUUACCCAAACCUGACGAGCUGUUCCGCUCCGUGUCCAAGCCUGCUUUUCUUUACAAUCCACUGAAUAAGGAGAUUGACUGGGACAGUCUCACGGUCAAACCUCCGGAAGAGCCUGCCAGGGAGUUUAAGCCAUGGAAGACAAACGCUGUACCUCCACCAGAGAGCUACACUGCAGAGCCAGAGAAGAAGAAGGGACCUCCCCCAGGCAUGGACAUGGCUAUAAAGUGGUCCAGUGUGUAUGAAGACAAUGGGGAAGAUGCACCAAAGCCUUACACUGGAAAAGCUCAGUUCUUACCCGCAGAGGAACAACCCUCUGACUCAGAUGAGGAAUCAAACCAGGCACUCAUGUCUGCCAAGAAACGCAGAGUGGAGACGUUCCAGCAGAAGGAGAAGAGGAAGAGGGACAUGGGACAAGCUACCUCUGACAAGAAUUUCGUUGAAGAGGAGAAAAGGAUCCUGAGGCAAAAGAUUGAGUGAGGAUUGAACUGCCUGCAACAAGGAAUCUGGUCCUUAUUUGUUUUUUUGUUUUAGAUGCACCAAUACCAUUUUCUUCUGAACAAGUACAUUUGGGUACUUGCCCAUAGUGAGAUGUGAGUACUAUUGCUUCACAAAGUAAACUGAGCUCAUAUACAUGCAUUGAUUGUCAGGGAGCUCAUAUUUAGACCCAAAUAUUCCCAGAGCCCACUGAGGCUGUAUGAGUGAUUAUAGCAUGUAGUUCAUGCUUUUCCAUUGGGUCUGCACGGCUUGUUGGGUUCUUGACAAUUUAACAGAGUAUAGUUUGCAGUCUGCUUUACUUUUGUCAUCAUUGCUAAUCCCAAAAUAUCUCCGUUCUGCUGACAUUGCUCCUCCUCCGCCCAUCUGCUCCGCUCAGCUGACGAGAUGUUAAUCUUGUAUCAGUGCAUUCGUGCAUUUUAUAUCAGCCAUGAAAAUUCUCAAAUAUUAGCACAAUGGUCCAGUAGGAGGUGAUGCUGACAGGAAUUUUACCUUUAUGUUAACCUAUUAUCUGUUUUGAUUGCAAUAGACUGCACACUUUAAACUGUAGCUUAUGUGUAGUAUAUGUACGGCUGCCAAAUUUCCAGCUUAAAGGUAUACUAUGCAAGAUUUGAUGGUUGCUGUUUGUUAAGGCACCAUUCAAAGGUGGGUCCUCCUCGCUGACUUAGUGGUCGAGACAGAGGCAUUUUUUACACAGAGACUGCACAAAAUUGCAGCAGUAAAGAUCGUUAUUUACUGUGCCUUUCAUUAAUCAACACUGAACAGAACAAUAGCGGCACAACACCAGUCCAGCGUGUGAUUCUGGAGGUGUGAACUGUAACACAACAGUGUCAGUGUUUAGUGUGAUGCUGUGCAUGCGCAUCAAAAAGCACUUUGUUGGCCUAACAAAGGCCUAACAUGGCAAUAACAAUCUUUUACCGUGCAUGAUGGAUGGCGGUUCAUUCUUCUCCCGGCUCAGAUGGUGAGGAGCUUCAUCUUGUCUGCUGUUUGCUCCUCUGCUUUGGCUGUGUGUCGCUCAGCCCUGCACUCGGUCAAACAGACUUGCAAACCUGCAGCUCUUUGUAUGUCCAUGAUGAACAAAGAGAGAGAGAGAACAGAAGCAGAGCAGAGAGACGGAAAGCGUAAUGUAAUCUGGUCAAUCUUUUAGAGGGUCUCGACUUCACACCCUGCAUGAUUUUUAUUAGCUGGGGGCUACACAUACCACAUUACGCGUUAGCCCAGAGGUUGACACCCAGAAACAUCCUGAAACAGCAAAAUGCUAAGAGCAGAAGAAAAUGCAGGCAGGGGGCAACAUCUCAAACACUGCCACACAUUUCUCAUGGCUCUUAAGUGGUGAUUGAGAGGGAUUACUUUUGUAAUUCUGGAGUCUACACAUUGUGUUUUUUGAGGGAAAUCCUGCACAGUAUACCUUUAAGAAUUUAGACUCUAGUAAAUCUCUGUGGACUAUUUUCCAAAGUUAUGUGAAAAUUCAGGACUUUUACACUCUGGAUUGUGUUUUCAUAGUUUUGUCAGUCAUCCUCACCAGCUCCCCUCCAUGGACACAGGGAUGAGAGAACACAGCAGCCUUUUAACAUGUACUGGGCUUCACCAAACGUUCGAUUAGACGGGUUUAGUCCCACUUGGGCGUCACAUUUACUUCCAAAUAUGCAGUUUAAACAACAAGGUGAAAUGAGACUUGUUUAAACCUGCCUGACUGCUCUUGUUUGAGUCUCUGUGUCUCUGUGUCCUUGUAGUGAAGUUGUUAAUAAAAUGGUAAUAAUAACCAAUAAGGAUGAAGGCCAAAGCUGCCAAAAAAACCCCCAAAACUUUAGAGUUCAUUCUACCGUGACACAUUGAACAUAAAGUGUAGUUUUGUUGGCUUUGCUUCUUCUUUGUUUUAAUUUAUUGAUCUAAAAUUGCAGUGAUGUCUUGAUGUGGUGGUUCACUGUGUUUGUCUGGUAUUGUACAAACAUCUAAUCUCCACUGAAAUAUGUGAUUUUAAAAAAAAUGCUGUAAAUUUGUAGUAAUCUUUAAAGAAAUGGCUGUUCUUCCUGCUUAUGGGCACUAGAUGUCGCCCUUAAGCUACACUAGAAAACACUCCCUUCGUGUUUGUAGUGAAGUGUGCUGUAUUUUGUGUAAACGUCAGGCAUCCAAAUCACAGCCGAGAUCUGUGUGUAUCCAGUUUUUGUCAUGAAGGGAGUUCUGUUCUUCGAUCGGGAAGUUUGUCUCAUCUCAGUUCUCUUGAGAUACUUGAUGCAUACAGACUGUUUGUUCAGUCUCAUGUACCUUGUAUUACACAACUCUUGACAUCUGUGUGAAAUAAAAUGUCUUGCCUGUGAAGUGUUAUAUCAGAAGAUGAACGUUGUACUCUUUAGUGGACCCUUUGUUUCUGCCAGCAAAUCUCUUUUGUUGGCUGGCAUUUUUUUGAGUGUUAUCAUAAACCACUUAGCAAUAAAAAAAUAUUUUACUGGAAAAA